AUGGCAACCACGGGAACACACUUCACGAAGGCUCCGCUGAACAUCAAAUCUGAUUUUGCAAGUAUUGCUCGCGAGUAUGGGGUCUAUGAAACCGCUAUCGGAGACCACGAAUUAGUGGUCAAACAGUACACUCAACCCCCUCAAGACUCUCCCAUUAAAGUGCUUGAGCUCGGGAUGGGCUGCCGUCGGACCCCUGCGAUCAGAAAUUUGUACAGAGCAUGUCAAGAAUAUUUGCCCCAAACGUCUGAGCUUUAUGCGAUCGAGAGCAAUUCGGUUUGCACAGAUUUAGUUGCAGGUCCCCAGGACCAUUUUGAUCCGGAAGUCUUCGACAACCUGGUCUAUAUAUGGGAGGCAAUGGCUCCUACUCGCGUUCCACCACGAGACGGUUCUUAUUAUGGUGUCGAGGCAGACAGGUUGGGAGAAGAAUUCGAAAUUAUAAUCGACAGUGGCUUUCAUGCAUUGGAGUAUCAGAUCCAGGUUCUUAAAGCUUUUUAG